AGGACGCUUCUUCAACAACAACAUGGCUACUGAUUCAACCGUCACUUGCUAGCCAACAUAAAACAUAAAUAUUGAAGGUCUUAAGAUUUUUUUUUGUGUAUCUACACGAAUCUCAGUGUUUUAAACCAAAUUCUGAUAACGUAUCUACUUGUUGAUUUAAACGUAGUUUUCUUGCUACAUUUUCUGAUUUGUUAAGAUUGAUAGUGGGCAUAACAACAGGCUUGUCACUAAUGCUAACUAGCCAGUUAGCUAACAUCCCUGACGAUGAGCUCGCAAAGCUACUCCCCCCGGGUCCCUGCUAAAGAGGAGGUCUGUUGGACGGAGGAAGAAGCUCUGGGGCUGAACAUUGUCGUGAAAGAAGAAGAGGAACCUUUUGGAGUAAAAGAGGAAGAGGAGGCUAUCUCAAUAAAAGAGGAGGAGGAGGAAGACGUUUUGGGAGUGAAAGAGGAGGAAGGAGAGGGGGAGACUGAAGAUCUGGACACCAGAGAAAGAUCAGACUCUCACUCGGACAGCGGGAAGAAUCCUUCAGGGGAACCAGAUCCAGAGACUCCCAAACGAGCGAGACAACACAACUGCUCCCAGUGUGGAAAGAAAUGUAUCCAGUUAUCGCAUCUGAAAGAGCAUGAGAGAAUACAUACAGGAGAAAAGCCUCACCACUGUUCCCAGUGUGAAAAGAGUUUUACCCAGUUAAAUAUGCUGAAACGACAUGAAAUAAUACACACAGGAGCGAAGCCUCACCAAUGCUCCCAGUGUGGAAAUAGUUUUACCCAGCUAUGGAACCUGACAGUGCAUGAGAGGGCACACACAGAAAAGCCUUACCACUGCUCCCAGUGUGAAAAGAGUUUUAGCUGGUUAGGGAGCCUGAAAGUACAUGAGAAAACACACACAGGGGAGAAGCCUUACCACUGCUCUCAGUGUGGAAAGAGAUUUUCCCAGUUAGAGCAACUGAAAAAACAUAAGAGAACACACACUGCAGAGAAGCCUUACCUCUGCUCACAGUGUGGGAAGAGAUUUACCCUGCUGAGAAACCUGAAAAAUCAUGAGCUAAUACACUCUGUAUAUAAGCCUUGCCUCUGCUCCCAGUGUGGAAAAACAUUUUUCUCAUCAGAUUCCCUGAAAAAACAUGAGCUAACGCACUCUGUAGAGAAGCCUUUCCACUGCUCACAGUGUGGAAAGACAUUUUUCUCAUUAGGGCCCCUGAAACAACAUGAGAGAACACACUCAGGGGAGAAACCCUAUCAUUGCUCUAAGUGUGGAAAGAGUUUUACUUCAUCGAAUUCCCUGAAAAAACAUAAAAGAAUACACUCAGGAGUGAAACCCUACCACUGUUAUCAGUGUAAAAAAAGUUUUACCCAAUCAUGGCACCUGAAAUAUCAUGAGAGGACACACACAGAAGAAAAAUCUUAUCAUUGCUCCCAGUGUGUAAAGAGUUUUACCAUGUCAACAUACCUGAAAAAACACGAGCUAACACACUCUGUAGAGAAGCCUUUCCACUGUUCGCAUUGUGAAAAGAGUUUUAAGAAUUUAAGGAACCUGAAAGUGCAUGAGCAAAGACACACAUGCUCUUUGGGCCCUUCCACUGUUCCCUCUGGGGAGAAAAAUGUACUUGGUUUCAGCAACUGAAAAAUCAUGAAAGAAUCCACACUGGAUAGAAGCCUUACCAGUGCUCCUAAUGUGAAAAGAGAUAUACCAUGAACAUGUAAAUGCAGAGUCUCAAAUAGCUGUCUGUCCCUUUUAAUAGCCGGGUAACGGCACACAUUUCAGCAAAUAAACACUUGUUUCAAAUAAAACGCUGGGUCUAAAGGAAUUGUUAAUGAGGUUACCAUGAAUUGUUUACUAGGUUUUAAUGUUUGAUUUGUUACAUUAGAUAAAAAAUUAUGGCAAUCAUUUGUUUUUAUCACCAGUAAGAAACUGCUAGCCAUUGGCUGCUAACAGCUGAAAACUGCUUGCUUACUGGCAAGCACAAAAACAGUCAACAACAUUGGGAGUACAGACCCCUACAAAUUGGCUAAGAACUGCCAAAAAAAUGCACAGUCAAAGAGGAGAAUAAUUAUUCUGCUAAAGGAAAAUGUGUUUUUUCGCACUGUAUAUGCAUUUUUGGGGGAAAAAACACAUUUUCCUUUAUCAGAAUUAGAUGGUGGUGUAUGUAUGUAUGUAUGUAUAUAAGGAAAUAGACACCUGUCUCUAAUAAGAGCCUGUUGUGUUAAGUGAUUUAAGCUAAUAAAGACCUGAUGUACUACCGUAAAAUUGAAGUUUUACGGAAGUACGUCACAGGGAUUUAAAAUUCACACUGUGCUCCCAGAAUUUUGAAUGUGUAUUUGUUUGACACAUAAGUUUUAAAAAGUGUACUCAUACAAAUGCAUUUGUUUUUUUAUUUUAAAAACAUGAAUUGAACAUGGAGCGAGUCUGUUUGAAUAUAGUGUCAGUUAGAUUUUUGUAUUUUUAUAUCUUAUUUUUUUAUAUCUUAUUUUUUUAUUUAACCUUUAUUUAACUAGGCAAGUCAGUUAACAAAUUCUUAUUUACAAUGACGGCCUACCGGGGAACAGUGGGUUGACUGCCUUGUUCAGGGGCAGAACGACAGAUUUUUACCUUGUCAGCUCGGGGAUUCAAUCCAGCAACCUUGAAUAUAGAUCUGCUCUGUGAUUAAAUUAUCAUUUUCAAA